CAGUGUCAGUAUUGCAUUGCAUGAGGAGUCCUGCAGGAGCCGCGCACUGAUUCAGAGUCAGGUGAGAGAGAAACAUCACACUGUACCUACAUCAACACAACGCAAAGCCUACCUGGGUGUUUCAUUGUUUGCACGUGACUGGUGGUUUUCUGCUCGCUUCAAGAGGUUUCGGGCAAUGCUGUUAUUGUGUGGUGGAGAUGCUGAACUCUAGAUGACUGUGUGUGUGUCUGUGGUUUAGCACACGCGUGCACGCUCACGAGGAGAUCGGGAGCAUUCUCAUCCGGACUGAAAAAAAGACGCGCGGAACUGAGCCAAAUUCAUUAAACACCAUCAAAGGAAAGAGGAUGACCGUAUGGAAAUGGGAGGAUACUUUAUUCGUUAAUUUCUCAGCGCCUCUUUGACUUUUUUAGUUUAGUCACACGUCGGAAAAUAUCCCGGACUUUUUACCUAUUCGUCGUUAAAAAGCAUACCAACCUUAUGAAUGACAUAAUACAUAUCGUAAGCUUUAUUUGAAGUUGGAGAAAUCGAGCUGCUCGUCCAGCAGUAGCCUAAAUUAUGGCCGUCUGAUCGAUUUGCGAAUACUUAACGCCUAUUUCAUUCACCCGCGGGAUUUUUUUAUACACAUUCACUUUGGAUUUGGAGAAUAUGGCAAUAAACACAGAUACGGAGUUUGCCAAAACCAACCUUGGGGAGCGCGGCGGGACACAAUUGACCGAGUCUCAGGAGACCGAGAAACUUCUCACGACCACCGAGAUGACCGGGGUCAAGACCUCCACCUCGUUCACAGUUAGCGUCGGCGGUGACAAGGAUCUCGAUGCGGAUCAAAACGGCCACAGUUUGCCGCUAAGAUCCGGAUCGACGGGGCAGCUCGGAACGGCUCCCCUCUCGCCGUCCAGGGUCAGCCUGAGCCGCACGUCAUCCACCGGCAACACCGUCCAAGAGCAGCAGAGACCAAAAGACUACCUCAUAUUGGUCAUUUUAUCCUGCUUUUGUCCCGUGUGGCCGAUAAGCAUCGUUGCUUUGGUCUAUUCAAUUAUGUCAAGAAACAGUCUACAGCAGGGUGAUAUGGAUGGGGCGAGGCGCUUGGGACGCUUGGCUCGCCUGCUCAGCUGUGUUUCUAUCAUUCUCGGCCUCUUGGUUAUCAUAAUCUACGUGGUGGUUACAGUAACUGGAUAAUAAAGUGGGGACACGGUGAGGAUGAGAAACAGCCAAGAAUCUACAGUACUGCAAAAAACCUCUCCAAUGAAAUCAUUGAAAUAAGAUCUCCCUCAUUAAAAUAAUG